UAACAGCACCACUAUGUCGCUGCUACUUCUCAGCUCCUUGCUGCUGUUAAAUGGAGUGUUCCAUUCUCAUUCUGCAGCAGGAACCUGUGACGUGUGCGUGGGAUUCCUCAACAGGCUUUAUGGAAGUGUGACAUCUGCUCACAAGGAGCUCACGCCUGCCCUGGUGGAGGAAGAACUGUUCCAGGCCUGUUCCGUUGCCCAGGGGAAGGAAGCCAGGCUGUGUUAUUACCUGGGAGCCAGCAGUGAUGCAGCCACCCGAGUCACAGCAGCUGUGUCACAGCCCCUGGCCUCCCACGUCCCCGUCGACAAGAUAUGCCAGCGCCUCAGCAGCAGGGACACGCAGAUCUGUCAGCUCAAAUACGAGCCUGAGACGAGACAGCUGAGCAGCGAGGGGCUAAAGAAAAUGAGAGUGCUGGAGCUGAGGAACAUUUUAGCUUCAUGGGGAGAAGAGUGUCGAGGGUGCUUGGAGAAACACGAGUUUGUCAGCCUCAUCCUGGAAAAGGCACCGCUGCAGAAAGCGGAGCUGUGAACAAAUGGAUGUGAUGAAGGGUAAAAAGGACUCCAUUUAUCAAAAAUUACAGGAUGUUUUGAUUCCAGCCAGCUGUGUCCACAAGUAUGCUCUCACAUAUAAAUACUGACCCUAGCAAACCUGAAAAGAUUGGUCUCUUGGUUAUAUCUUUUUGUGCCUCCAGAGUCUAUCAAACGCAACAUCACAUGAUACACGACGUCACAUGACACAGCAGUGGUGCUCAGCUUUUGCCUUUUGAUGUUUUCUUCUUCUUCUUCUUGCCUGUGCUCGCACUGGCGGGAGGCGCUGGAGUC